CUAAAGAUUAAUGUUUUUAGAAGAUAAUAAUGCAGCUAUCAAAAGUAAUUUACGUUAAAAUAUUAAUUCACUAUGCUAAAAGCAAAAUUGGAUACUUGCUUAUGUAUUUGAAACAACCAAAAAUAAUCGAAAUCGUUUUCGGCAAUUGUUUCGACGAAUUGAAAAUUGAUAUUUAUAUUGUCUAUAAUUUUGGAGUUUGUUGCAUUAGCGGAUGCAUUUGUUGAGCUCUUUACUAUCUAAGGUUUUACAGCUCGCAAAUUCUUUUAAAACAGUUGAAGGAAAUAUAAGCCGUUAUUUGACCUCUAUACAUUUCACAGCGAUUGUACGUAGUAUUGGUAUGGUUUUACAUGUGCAAUGUACUUACCCGUAACACACAUACAUAAGCUAAUUGUUUUGUUAUUACAAUUGUCAGUGGUAUCUGUAACAGGCACUUAGAACAACAUUAUUUUGUAAUUAUUUCCGAACGAAAUGGAGUACGUACCUUUUUGCCUAUCGUCAUCAAUUUCUCCGUGAAGCAAAAGAUCUCUUUCAAUUUUCACUUGCUAUAAUAUUCAUUGGCUAAUCGGCAUGUUAACUAUUUCACUGUAUUAAUGGUUAGAAAGUCUUAAAGACGUUUAAUGACAAAUUUCGGUUUCUGUUAACUCGAUCUAAUUGCUUUCUUCUCUGAUAUGGUUCAAUAAUAAAGAUAGCAACAACUCGAGCAAUUAUAACGAAUAUUUCUUUGUACAGUUUGUUGCAAAAGCAACGGGAAAUUUCUCAAUUUAAUUUUUAUGUACGAGGUGUAGGGGCGAGUCCAGAAUCACGUCAUUUGGCCCAGUUGAUAAGUAUUUUGUGAUGAAGUUCGAAAAACAAGCAAAAUAAAAUAAAACCGCGCUUCGUUAAUCGUACCGGCCUUAUUUAUGCAAAACAAUACAAUUGUACGUCAUCGAGUGUCGUUAGUGACAAACUUGCAGUUAAUUAUUAUCACCACUUUCUUAAAAUCUCCCUUAUUACCAUUGGGUUUUUAGGUAUGUUAAGCUUUUGGAAUAAUGGGCAAUGUUUUCAAACUUAUUGUUAUUAAUAUUAGCUAGAUGAAUACAAUACGGUUUUUCUUUUGUUAGUGAAAAUAAACAUUUGCCAUUAUUCCAAAGUAAUGACAAGGCGAAACGAUGUAAUUCUGGGCUGGAAUAUGUACAUAAUACAUAUGUAACAGUACAGUUUCGUUUCAGAAACAGCGGAACAGUAUGUUUAAUUUCAUCAAAAAGGCGGGUACUGGGUCAAUGUUAGAUAAAGAGGACAAAGAUAGGCGUAAAAGGGAUAAAAAAGAGCGCAAGGAGAAGCAAAAGAAAGACAGAUCUAGCAUGUCUGCAGACGAAAUGCUAAGACUCGACGAGGUAAGGAGGUCCCUUAAAAUAAGAGGCCGUCGAAAAGACAAAGACAAACUACCGUUGGGCAUCACUGCCGAUUACACGGCAGAUUUUCUGGCGUGUUUAGAAAGGGACGAUUCUUACGGUCCGGCCACAACGCCAUCCGUUCACGGCGGUGCCUAUACCUUCUCGGAUAGUUCGGAAACGAGCCUAAACUCGCUAAAUAAUCCUAACACAAGCUACCACCACCACCAACAACAGCAACAGCAUCGUAAAGUUUUACCCCCGGUACCACCGAAGCCUCCAAAACGGGGUAUCUUGAAGGGACCUCGUGUUAGCGUGACCCACGACUCUUCCUCCACAAACGGCACUAACGUUGUUAACCAACACAGUACAUUGGUAAAAAACACGUUACAAAAUGAAGUAAUAAGCUACGAAAAUAUAACAAAUGGAGUUGAGACAUACAACGGUAGUAGUAGUAGUAGAUAUUUGUGCCGAAACAACGACACAACGAUUUCAGCCACUGCCCCUACCCCUACCCCUAUGACAAACCUUUUGACGGUGGUGUCCACGUCGCCCAGCGCCGAUUCCUUGACAGACACUACCAAUUCCUCUUUCGCUACACCUCCAUUUUCACUAAGUCCUAUAGGCGAAAGUCAGGGUUUCCACAGGUGGACUCGUAGUGGUAACCUGGAGGACGUCAAUCUUCCGCUGCCUCCCAUUGUACCGUUAAAGUUACCAAAUCCGCGUGUCCUUACGAUACAGCGCCAAAAAGCUCCACGAAACGAUUUCGGUUUUUCAUUAAGACGUGCGAUGAUCUUGGAACGAAACGUUGUCGGUAAUAGUUGUAGUGGUGAAGUGAUAAUGCGUGCGGUCGUGUUUGCCGAACCUGGCACCAUAGUGCAGCACAACAACGAGACCGGUCUUUUGCCGGGCGAUAAACUUCUUGAAGUUAACGGGAUCCAUGUCGAAGACAAAAGUCGCGAGGAAAUUAUCGACAUGAUCAAAAGAUCCAAGGAUUUCGUCACAGUCAAGGUUCAGCCGGUGGCUGAGCUGAGUGAACUGAGUCGCCGGUCAGGUCACGAUGGUCAAGAGUUUGUACUGGACGAAGUAAACAUAAAAGGUGGAACUCUCAGGCGUUCCGGAAGCCAAAGAUUUAAUAAGUUGUCUAAGGUAUGCCACGCCAUGUGUAUAAUAAAUAUAUGCCACAUCUAUUUUUUAUGUAAUAUUGUUUAUAAUUACCAUUAGGUACACAUCUACUUCAUACUUUCAUCGUUAUUAUUUGGUAACCUCUUCUUGAUCCAAUAACUGUUUCUUUCUUUGUCGCAUUUUUACGUAAUACUUUGGCACAGUUCCUUCGCCUUCUCGAACAUAUUUAAUAUGUACCAUCGUGUUUGAUGUUGACCUGUUUAAAUGGCAGGGAAAAAAUGAGCGGAAAUGUAGUACAACAUGAUGUUUUGUUUACUGGCGUAGUUCGUAACAGUUCGUUUUCAAGCCAACACAUUG